AGCCGUCAAAAGCCUCAAUUCUGAAGGUAAUAUAAAUAAGUAAUAUAAAGGGGCUCAUCUUUUUUUUUUGUUAGUGAGAGAGCUAAAGGGCGCAGUUGACGGAGGGAGCAGUAUGGAUUGAAAACAACACUAGCUUCACUGCGCACCCUAGGCCGCUCUUCCACCUCUUUCAACUACUUUCAUCUUCUUCUUCUUCUUCAUUCACUUUCACUCUUCAAUUAGGGUUUUUCAUUCACCUCUUUCUUCUCUCUCGUUUUUCUCCGUUAUUGUUGUUCGUUUAAUUGGAGCAGUUUUGUGUUGUUGCCAUGGCGCCUGGUCGUAAGAAAGGCGCCAAGAAAUCAACGGCGGCUAGUUCUGUUACUUGCCGGCAUUGGAACGUCGGCGAUCUUGUGCUUGCUAAGGUUAAAGGCUUCCCUGCCUGGCCUGCAACGGUAAGUCAGCCGGAGAAAUGGGGCUACUCGACUGAUCCGAAGAAAGUAUUUGUUCUCUUCUUUGGAACCGAACAAAUUGCUUUCUGCAGUCCUGCUGAUAUUGAGGCAUUUACUGAAGAGAAGAAGCAGUCUCUUGCCAAUCGCCAAGGAAGGGGUUCUGAUUUUGUUCGCGCAGUACAGGAGAUUAUUGAAUGUUAUGAAAAGUUAAACAGAGGAACCCGAGUUGAUGAAACUAGCUCUGGUGGUGAAGUUGCUAAUGCAGAUGCGGUAAAUUCACUUGACGUAUCUGCCAAUUCAGGAUUCGAAGAUCAUGUGGAUUCUCCUUGGACAAUCAAUUCACAAAUAAAAUCACCAAAUUCAGUGACUGGCAACCCUGAGCUAGUUUAUGCAGUUGAGGACGACUCAGUUGUCGCACCAAGGGAUGAAUCUUAUAUCAAAAAGGCUACUGCUGAUACUGUUGCAACUGCAACUGUAAAAUCACUUUUGCCAGUGAAACUGGGAAUCGAACCAGUUCAAAGGUUCAGAAGCUCAUCACAGAUCCAAAACUUUGUUGUACAUCGUAGUGAUGGUGUAAAUAAUGGUGGCAACAUAUCAAUUGAUGCAAUUCAGAAAAAAACUAUUAGAAGGAUUAAACAUAUCAGGAAUUCACCUGAAUUUUUUGGUUGUAAUGAUACCAAUUCAUCUGCAUUUGCCUCAAAUGUUAGCAUGGAUGAAAAUGGUUCUGAAAUUAAUACAAUCAAUUCUGACGCCUGUAGCUUAAAUGAGGGAAGUGCAAUAGAUUCUAUUUUAAAACUUGAACAAUCUGAUAUUAUCGAGUGCUCUAAAUAUGAAGUUGGGUUAAACAAAGUCCUUGAUCGUGAAACGAAGGCUGUAGUUGGUAAGAAGAAAAGAAAACCAAACACGAUGAGGAAAACCAAGAAUGUUGGCACUCAGAAUACCAAUCCACAUUUGCAUAAUUUUUCUGAAAUUCCGAAAGAGAGAUGCUCUGACCAAGAGGGAGAUGAACACUUGCCCCUCUUGAAGCGAGCCAGAGUUAGAAUGGCUAACUCAUCAUUCACCAAGGAAGAACACAAUAGAAUUGCACAAGUACGAGAGAAAAGCUGUAAGGAAGCUAUUGUCGGUACACCUUUGCAGAUAGUCACAUCCUCAAAUUGUGAAAAUGGUUGCCUUGCUGAUGGAGACUCAUCGGCGUUGAAUGGAGUUUUGGGUAAUGUUUCUCCUAAGUUACUAGCUCCCUGUUCUGAAAAUGGGUCACAUGCUUCUAAAGUUAAGAAAGACCAAUUAUUUGGCUGCUCUGUGGAUGAUGAAUCUCUUUUACCUCCAUCUAAACGCAUCCAUCGUGCUUUAAAAGCAAUGUCUGCCAAUGCUGCUGAAGAAAGAGCUUGUAUUGAAUCACCACCUUCUAUAAUGACAUCAAGUGGUAGAUCCUGUAUAUCUACGAUCAAGAGAUGUUCUUGUAUGGCUAUUGAUAACCAAGGAGGCAAUGAUUUAGAAUUGAAAGGGUCGGACUCUUGUGGCAUUGACUGUUCUGAUAACCGUGUGUGUAGUUUUUCAACCUGUUCAAAUCCAAUGAUUUUUAGAGAGAAUAAGUCAUCUUUUGAAGAGGAUAAACAGUUGGCCAAGUCUCAACAACAUGAAUCUGGCAACGAUGUCAUCCCAGGUGCUAAACACCAAAUUGGUGAAGAGCCUAGUGAUUCUGUGGUUUGUGCGCCUGCUAAAAUAGAUUCACAAGUUCUGAUGCAUGAAAAACUUUCUCCUAAUCUUGAUGUGAAAUGUUUUCAAGUUGGAGGCAACCAAGAUUCACCAAAGGCUGACGAAAGUAUCAGACCUGCAAUCCAUUCAAAUACGUCUGAUACAUUAGAUCGUCAUGGAAUAAAUUUUGAUCCUGUGGCAGGUCCUAAUGAAAGUGGCGAAUUGUUGCCUCAAAAAUGUAUCAGCACACCUCAGAAUUUUAUGGUUGAAUGCGAGGAUAUGAAGGGAACAGCUGAUGACCGCAGUCAAAUCAAUGACACGCAUGUGGUUGUAAACGAGGUAAAAUGUAAGGGACAACAGGGGGAUAUGAUUUCUCUAUCAACAUCCAAUGGUUGUUCAGGGGAAAAGGGUGCUUUGGGCAUUCCGGCAAGCUCAUCCUUGACUGAUGGGGGGGUUUGCAUUCCACAAGGUUCAACUCCAAAUACAUUAGUUCGCAAUGUUUCUACAUCAGACAGUAGUAAUAUUCAUCAAAAUGGAAGUUGUAGUCCUGAUGUACUCCAGAAGAACAUUUUAUCUGGUCCCGUUGAUGAAGGGAAAGAUGGGGCGGUGCCAAAUCAACAAUCAAGAUCUAUGGACAAGUCAACUGAAGCAGGAAAUGCUGCUUUGUUAUACUUUGAAGCAAUGCUUGGGACAUUGAAAAGGACAAAGGAAAAUAUUAGUCGAGCAACGCGCAUAGCUAUUGACUGUGCAAAGUUUGGCUUUGCAACAAAGGUGGUAGAAAGUCUUGUAAGCAGUCUGGAAAGUGAGCCAAGCCUUCGUCGGAGAGUGGAUCUGUUUUUUCUUGUUGACUCCAUUGCUCAAUGUUCUCAAGGUUCGAAAGGAGAUGUUGGGGCAGUAUACCCAUCUGCAAUGGAAGCAUUCCUGCCACGCCUAUUGUCUGCUGCUGCCCCUCCUGGAAAUACUGCACCAGAAAAUCGUAGGCAGUGUCUUAAGGUGUUAAGGCUGUGGUUGGAGCGAAGAAUCCUACCAGAAUCCACCAUUCGCCAACACAUCAGGGAACUGAACUCAUAUAGCAGUUCAGCUUCUACAGGUGUUCACUCGCAGCGUUCAUUGAGAACAGAAAGGGCUUUAGAUGAUCCUAUAAGAGAAAUGGAGGGUAUGCUUGUUAACGAAUAUGGAAGCAACUCAAGUUUUCAGUUAUCUGGAUUUCGCAUGCCCCGUAUGGUUGAAGAUGGAGGGAGUGAUUCUGAUGGAGGGAACUUCAAUGCUGUCACGCCUCAACAUGAUUCUGAAGCAUAUGAAGUACAACAAGUGUCUCAUGCAUUUGAAAAACAUAGGCGUGUGUUGGAAGAUGUUGAGGGAGAGCUUGAAAUGGAAGAUGUGGCACCCUCUUUGGAUGUGGAAUUGAAUUCGAUUUGCAAUGUUGAUGGAGGAAAUGUGUCACAGCUUGAUAGUAAACUUCCUCUGUCCUUUGCUCCUCGUUUACCACAAGAUGUGCCAUCAUCUUCCCCACAUCCACCACCAUUCGCUCCACCACCACCACCACCACCACCACCACCACCACCACCUCCUCCACCUCCACCAACAUUGCAUCCUAUGUCGACGACCUCUGAUCAAUAUCGCACAGUUAUAGAUUCACAGACAGUGCAUGGCAAAACAUUUCAUUCUCUGGCUCAGCCCUUAGUUUCACCAAGAAUUAGUCGACCUAUGGAUGCAGUGCAGUUUCAAAUCCCAGAAUGUAGAGACGUGCAGAUGCAGAUACCAGAGUCUACUCGCUCUUUCAACACUUACCCUGUACGACCACCAGAAAAUUCCAGGAGUACCGAUGGUUUUACUGUGCACAAUAAAGGUUACAUACUACGGCCACCACACCGCGUACCAUCGGAUCAGUUUUCUUUUGUUAAUGCAGAAAAUCGUCUGAAGUCUCAGAGGGAGGUUCCAUCAUCCCCUUCAUUCUCCAAUAGACACCACUCUGUGCAGAGCAUGAAGAGGGAGAACUUCUAUAACAAUCACGAGAGAAAUGGGAUGAGAUGCAAUACUCGUGUACCACAUGAAGAGAGAUGGAAUACUCGUGCAGCACAUGAAGAGAGAUGGAAUACUCGUGCAGCACAUGAAGAGAGAUGGUACAGUCGUACACCACAUGAAGAGAGAUGGAAUACCCGGGUACCACAUGAAGAGAGAUGGAAUACCCGGGUACCACAUGAAGAGAGAUGGAAUACCCGUGCAACAUAUUCACCAUAUUCUGGUGUGUCUGCCUUUUAUGGUUGUCAUCCAAGUGAAUCACCAAGAUCACCCGUCCGUGGUUUGAGAUUUCCUCCCCAGUCAAUGAAUUACAGAAACUCCACACCUUUUAGACCACACUAUGAUGAUGAUGAUGAUGCAAUUCCAGUAGCAAACCGAGGCCCAAACUUUUGGCGGCCUAGGCGAGCAGAAACUACCCGACACUGAAGGCUCCAUACUUCUGCCUGUCCGCAAGCCUCUUUUGAUAUCCUUCAACAAUUUGUAUUGUUGUUACUUACCUGCACAUUUCACUUGUUGAAUGUUAGAUAUGACUCACUUUUUUGCGUGGGCCCUGUCUAUGUUCACGAGAGGUAGCUUUUGUUACAUCUUUCUGUACAGGCAAGAAAGGAUCUUUGGAGAGUUUGCAGAAUCUGCACAAGAUGUAGUCAUGAUAUGCUAGAUUUGUAUAUAAUUUAUUACUACAUCUUCUGCAGAAUGCAGAGCAGGAAGAGUCAUUGUAAAGUUGUUGGAGAGCUGUAACAUAUCAAGGUUGUUCAUCAUGUAUCAAUUUUUGUCGCCAACAAUAUGAUUUACUUCAUAGAAGCCCUUAUAGAUGUUUAGACCAAAUAUAUAAUUUUUUUAGGGGCUGUUUUUGAAAUUGUUUUCUUCGCUUAUGGAAAAUCUUUCCUCAGCGAAGGUGAGCCGGUUGAAUUCCUCCCGACAGUUGUUUGCUUUUAUUUCUUUGGUUAUCCUUGACAAAUACUCAAAGAUUUUUUUGGUGAAUAAAAUAUACAUUUUAAGACAAAUUAAGGAUAUAUUUUCGUUAAA